AUGAAGCUGACGAAUUGUCUGUACCGACAAAAUUAUAGAUGGCUCUUCAAAACUAUGUGGAAGUUCCAAAAAUCCAAAAUGAAUGACGGCUUCCUGAACAAACCUCUCUAUCUUGAUAAAGCGGCUAGUGACCGCUUUAUAAGUUGUGUCAUAUUUCAUUUGCAAGGUAUACCCAUAGUAAAAGGUUCCGAAUUGUGGAAGGAACAUCUCCCAGUUUUCCCAAAAUGGCAGCCGUCUGUAGCAGACGACAUUCAGUUUAAACCGUUGCCCACCAUUAAAGAUCAUCCAGAUUAUCAUGAAACCCCUGCUCAUGAAUUUAAUACUGAUUGCCAAUUAGUUGAAGGUGAAAAACAGGCACUAAUAUUAACAAAAUCACAGCCUCUUUAUCAACUACCUCAGUCAGUUCAAAGGUUAAUAGGGCUUGUAGAUGUACCAGAUCAGGAUGAAUUAAUGCAGCGAGUGAUAAUGCAAGCAAAUAGGUUGGAACCAACAAAAGAUAAACUGCCCAGAAGACAUAACCCUGACUUGCCUAUUUGGAAAUUUAAAGCUGAAUAUGGUAUACCUGAUUAUAAGAUUGCGGUUCUUACAGUGCAAAACAUGUUGAAGAUUUGUAUGUCUCUGGUUGGUUGUCAUCCUGAUCUGCUUACAUCUCGAAGGAUGUUUUCUGAUAUCGAGCUUUCCACAUUUUACCAUUAUAACAGUAAAUAUGGUGAUACCGAUAUAUUCAUAAAAGGUAACACAGAUGCGAUGAUAUAUGCAUCUAAAAGAUUGGAUCCCUUUGUUGGUCCAGAUGUUAUUGAUCAAUCUAUUUCCUUCAAUCUUCCUUCAAUUUAUCCACUAAGUCCUACCAUUGAUUUGAAGAAUCAGCAUGUUUGGAAAUAUGAAAAUUUGUUGGGUUAUAAAGGUUUGGGUCCAUUCAGGCAUCCUCAUCCUCAUCUAAUGUUUCUAUGUUAUGAUGAUCUUUGGUCCUCCAGUCAGCAUAAUGCUAAGGGUCUUAUGUUUUCAUUUGGUUAUGCCUGCGCUCUUGCUAAGAAUAUCUAUGGAGAUGACAUCAAACAACUUCCACAGCCCAUAUCAACGCAAUGUGUAGUGACCAACGGUCGAUCAUUCAAUUUUGUAUGUUUCCAACUUAACACACUGGACUUUGAGGAGUCACCCGUGAAAAAUUUAGUCUGGUUCGAUUCAGAUAACAUGCUCUUUGAUAAGAUUAUACCGAAAAGAGCCAUGUUGAGGCAUACAAAGUAUGAAAAUUAUUCACCAGAAGUUCUCAAAAAGGUGAUUGCCAUGUUUAUAAAUGGGGCUGACAUAAAAAUAGAUAUGACGGCUAAGAGCGCUGAUGUGAACCGAACUGUCUCAGCGGCUUAG